AGCGACCACACGGCGUCACGUCCAGCAGCUCUGUGGGAGGGCCACAGUGGGGAGGUUUGGCAAUCAGUCUGAAUUAUAAGAGGGAAGUGAGAACCGGAGACUGCAGGACCGACUGCACGAGGCGUUACCGAGGUCCAUCAUGGGGCAGUGGUCCUUCCUGGCGGCUCUUCUGGAUAAGGUCCAGUCCCACUCCACGGUGGUGGGUAAGGUCUGGAUGAGUGUCCUGUUCCUCUUCAGGAUCUUCAUCCUGGCUGCUGGUGUGGAUAAGAUCUGGGGCGACGAGCAGUCCAAAAUGGACUGCAACACACUGUCUCUUGGCUGUAAGAACAUGUGCUACGACCGGUCCUUCCCACUGUCUCACACCCGCUUCUGGGUGCUCCAGAUCCUGGUGGUGUCCACGCCCACGUUGAUCUACCUGGGCCACGUUCUGCUGGUGAUCCGCCGAGAGAACAAGCUGAGAAGACGUCUGGAGCAAAAACGAGGGAAGAACGGGAUGAUCGUGGUUCCCAAGUAUUCUGACGAACACGGCAAAGUGCAGCUGAAGGGCGUCCUCCUGCUCAGCUACAUGGUCCAGCUGGUGUCCAAGGUUCUUCUGGAGGUGGCCUUCAUCGUGGGCCAGUACUUCCUGUACGGCUUCAUCCUCAUGCCCACUAAGAUCUCGUGCUCCCAGUACCCCUGUCGCUCCCCGGUGGACUGCUUCAUUACCAGACCCACAGAGAAAACCAUCUUCAUCAUCUUCGUGCUCUCCAUGGCUGUGCUCUCUGUGGUCCUGAACGUGGUGGAGAUGUUCCACCUGUUGGUGUCCAAAGUGCAGGAGAAGAAGAGAAGGAGCAGCAGCUGUCCUCCUCCAGAGAUCUACAGUCUGAACAAACUCAGUCCAUCUGAAGCCGUCAUCGUCUGCUGAGGUUCCUCCAGAUUCACCUCCAGCAGCCCUGCAGUGCAUUCUGGGAGCAUCAUGGUGGUGUAGCUCCAUGAAGCUGUAGCUCCAUGAUGCCCAUCAUGAAGCCCUCAGGAUUCUCUGAAGAACUUUCUUGUUUUAAUAAGGGAAGAUAGAAUCAGCAGCUUAUUUCUCACCUCAGAUGUUUGCGAAACUUUUUGGUUUAUUUUGGUUUUUAACAGUGAAAGUUCCCAAACAGCCACCAUGAUGGUCCGGUGUUUGUCCAAUCAGGUGCAGGCAGGUUUGUUGUAGGGAGCGGAGCCUGUUGGAGAGCACCUGUGGAACACCUGGUUCUGCUCUAAAAACAGAACUUGAUAAUUUUUCGUUCUUUAUAUUCUUGAGUGUUUUCUGAAUGUUGCAUGAAGAUCGUCUUUCCUCGAUAUCGCCUGGUCCAACGUUAGAAGAACGUUUUCUGAUGCGUUCCUCAGCAACAUCCCAGAAACGUCCUCAGAACGUUGCAGGUAAAAUGUUCUGCUUUAUUAACAGAUCACAAGAAUGUUUUUAACCAGAGCACUACAGUUCCUAAAACAUUCCUGGAAUGUUGCUUUGAAAAUGUUCUUCUUUUGUUGUGAUAGAACAUAAUGUGUUGCCAUAGAAACACCCUCUGAUUGUCAGCAUUAGUUCACCUGUAACCUCACAGGAACAUUACUGGAAACAACAAACAUCCUGGAAACAUUCUGUGAAUGUUACAGUAAAACUUUACAACAUGAUUUCUACUAAUAUUGGACAACGUUGUGGCAAUGUUCCCUGUUAGCUGUUAGCCUGAAGCAGAUCUCAGGUUCUAGCAGAGUUCUGACUCCCAGCUUUCAUUUAAAUAACAUCAGCAGGACUCACCUCUACAGAACAACCAAUCAGCAGCCUGCUGUCUUAUGUUCACCUGAGAUCACCUGAAUGAGUCUAGUUUCCCAUGUACAUUCUCUGUUUUCUGUUUUUCUUCUGUAAAACUCUAAUCUGCGAAUAAAGUCUUUCUGAUGAUGUCAUAAAGUCUGAUAAUGAA